CCAUUUCUUAACAACGUUUCAUCGAGAUACACACAGAUCGCAGCCCCAGAGGGAGCAGGACGCAUCUUUGAGCACUUCCCCGUUUAAUAAAUACAUAUUCUCUGUCUGUUCCUUCACAACCGGUCUGUAGCCACAAACGCUCAUCGCCGCACGUUCAGUGUAAUCCAAGCGAGUUCAAAAUGCUAUAUCUAAUUACCGGACAAACAGUUUAAUCUAACAAAAAGCAACUUCACAAGGUAAAGGUUAUUUUUAUUUUUUUUCUAGGAACUUCUUGAGGUGACAACUGCGAUUUAAUUACACCGUCCACGAAAUGUGCGCGUUAGGGACAGUAUUUUCUGCAAGGAUGUUAGCACAGCAUUCAAUUUGCUAAUGGUCAAGAUUAGAAACGCAGUAAACAGCUAUAGGCUUCUCUAAAGCUUGUCUUUAAUGGGAAGGCGGUCUUGGAUUACUGUCUGUACAAACCUUCAACUUCAGACAUCUCAAACGGAGCUGUAAUCAUGCAGUCACUACUGCUAAAGCCUCUUCUUUUUCUCGUGUGGAGUCUUGAGGCUUUAGCUUAUCGACAUGAUGAGAAAUUAAGAACGAUCAAUAGGAGCAAUCGUCACAGUCACCUUUCUGCAAGGUAUGUUGUAAAUUGUUCUGAUUCAGAAUUGCAUAGGAAAUGGCUGAUAAUCUAUGGGAAAAUAGCGAAGGACAGCAGCCAUUUCACAGGGCAUUCUACAGGUGGUUCUUUGGAGAUAAUAAAAAAAUGUUUGAGAAAAAAUAAUGCCUCGUCGUUUGAAAGGACAUUGCAAAUUAAAUCCAAAGGUUUGACGAUCAGCCGAGAAAAUGUGCAUUAUCACUCUGCUGCUAACAUCAUCAGAGCCUUCCCAGAGAAAUCGCCUGCAAAACUACACAGGGGACUUAAGUACCAUCGCAUAGAAAAGUUCAAUUCCAACCUGGCUGCCACGGAAACACAGAGAGGAUACAAUUACUCGGAGCUUCAAUUUGAUUCAAAGGGGCAUGAAUUAGUUUUGCAAGGAGCGAGCAAUCAAAGACGAAAAAGGGGUGCCGCCAACACAGAAAAUGACAAGAAAAAUGGGAAAAGCAGAAACAAAAAGCCAAGGAAUAAAGGCCACGCAUCAGCUCAUUUAAAUGGUUCUACUGAGGUAACCCUUACAUGGGAAAACCGCAAACCCCUACCACUUAACGACUCCGCUGAUUAUUCAAAUGACUAUACCAGAAGUGAUGGACUGUACACACUGCCAGAGGACAUGUCUGUAACCCCUCCGAUGCCGUUUAAUACACGGGGAAGAAAAAAUGAGCUGAAAAACCCGUUUUACCCAUUAACAGACUUAACUUAUGGAGCAUAUGCAAUCAUGUGUUUGUCUGUGGGUAUAUUUAGUGUUGGUAUAAUGGGGAACAUUGCAGUUAUGUGCAUAGUCUGCCACAACUACUACAUGAGGAGUAUUUCUAAUUCGCUUUUAGCCAACCUGGCGUUUUGGGAUUUUGUGAACAUCUUUUUUUGUUUGCCCCUUGUGAUAUUCCAUGAACUUACGAAGAAGUGGCUAUUGGGGGAGUUCUCAUGCAGAAUCAUACCAUACAUUGAGGUGGCCUCGCUUGGAGUUACUACUUUCACAUUGUGUGCUCUCUGCAUUGACCGAUUCCGUGCUGCAGCAAACGUGCAGAUGUACUACGAGAUGAUUGAAAACUGCACUUCCACCACAGCCAAGCUAGCAGUUAUCUGGAUUGGGGCUCUGCUGCUGGCCCUUCCUGAGGUGCUUCUUCGUCAGCUUGUCGUAGAUGAUCCUGCAGCCACUGGUACUGCAGCCUCCGGCUCUGCGGUGACUAGUUCCUCAGCAGAAGAGCGGUGUGUGGUUAAAAUCUCCCCUGAGCUUCCUGACACAAUCUAUGUUCUUGCACUGACGUAUGACGGUGCCAGGCUGUGGUGGUAUUUUGGGUGCUAUUUUUGUUUACCAACGCUCUUCACUAUUGGCAGUUCUCUUAUAACAGCAAGGAAAAUCCGAAAAGCAGAGAAAGCCUGCGUUAGAGGAAACAAGAAACAAAUUCAGCUGGAAAGUCAGAUGAACUGCACAGUGGUGGCCUUAACCAUUUUGUACGGCUUUUGUAUCAUUCCUGAAAAUAUAUGCAACAUUGUCAUGGUCUACAUGUCCACAGGGGUCCCUAAACAGACUACAGACCUUCUUCAACUCAUUAGCCAGUUUCUUCUGUUCUUCAAGUCAGGCGUGACCCCGGUACUUCUCUUCUGCCUUUGCAAGCCUUUCAGCAGGGCCUUUGUGGACUGUUGCUGCUGCUGUUGUGAAGAAUGUGUCCAAAAGUCUUCAACUGUGACGAGUGAUGACAAUGACAAUGAGUACACUACAGAACUUGAACUGUCUCCUUUCAGCACAAUACGGCGUGAGACGUCUGUUUACACCCCUACCCAUUGCUGAAUCGCACACGCACUUUGUUCACUGAAACAAUACCACCUACCCUGAGAAAUGCAUAGAAUUCAUAAACAAUCUUUAAUACAAGAGUUUACUAAUGAUUCGUUUUUAUAAUAACCUUCUUUAAGUUACGUUUCAAGUGGAAACAAAACACGUUUUAAGAAAUGUAAUAAUCUUGAAACAUUAGCGCUUUGAAAAUAUUUCUACACUUGUAUAGUACAAUACUGUAGGUGAUCAUUGGCUGGUCGUGAUGUAAUUGAUAUGUUUUUCGAUAAUGGUGAUUCUUGUGAGUCAGUGAUGAAGUAUUUGUAGAUCCCCUGAUAUGUGAGUUUUGAACCAGUAAAUUGAAUCCACUAUUGUAGCAGUUAACAUGUAAAAGUAUGCUUAAAUAUCACAAUUGAGUCAGUACAAUAAGUGUUUGUUUGCUAAAAUGUGUUUUCAGGAGAAAAAAAAGUAAGAAAAGUUGAAUCUGCCGGGUCAGUUUCUGGGAGGGUUUUAAUUUGUUUUAGAGUAUGUAAGUAGUAAAUAGUAAUAACAGCCUGGGAUGGAUGCAUCUGUUUUUAGUUUGGAAAACCAAUGUAACCAAUGUCAUUUUUGGUAUUACUGUACCAUAUUUAUCACAUUAAUAAUUUAAAGUCUGGAACACAAAAAAUAAUAAAAUCCUUAGGCUUAACCUACUGUAUUUUACUGUGUCAGUAACUUUACACGACCAUGAGAAGACUUGAAUAUAAAUCCUGAAAGCUGUACCCUAAUCGGUAUAGAUCGCUUUCAUAUGAUGAAUCCUUGGUGUUACUCUUUUCUAACAUUUGUAUUUAUGCAAACUAAAAACUGCUGUUCUUUAUUCUUUUAAUGCAUUAUUCAUUUUGUGAACUUACCAACGUCCUGCUCCUUCUUAUAAGUAACUAAUGUCAAUGAAAGGUAAAGCAACAGAUGUCUGUUUGUCAGAGAGAGAGGCUGGUAAUUGCACAGCACUGCUCGUUUCCAUGAAAAGCAGGCAGAGUAGUAUUCCCAUCAAUUCAAGAAAACCCCAGGGUGUCAGACUGGAAAUCGAUGAAGUGAUACACACUAAACAAUUUUUUUUUAGUCUGUAUACCAGUAUGUUUACAGGAAAAGCUGCUAUCAAUUUGCUAUUAAAGAUAAAAACACAUUUAUGUCUUUGUGUAUACAAAAGUGCUUUGCCAAUUCGAAAGCUUAAUUCCAGAGGUUGCAAAAGGAAAUUUACAAUAGUAUAGAUUGUUCUAUAAUGAAUACACAUUGGAAUGGGUGCUCAUUUGCUAGGGUGGCAAGACAAAUGGACAGAAAUCAAGGGGCGGCUGUUGGAGAUGGGUGAAAAGCUGAAGAGUUGUCCAGUCAGCCAAAAACAAAACAAAGAAAAACGGUUUCAUAAAGACCAGCUAGUGCAUCCUGGGUAAACAAUUUUGAAGCAAAUCUAUACUGUAGUUGAGCAUUGCCGAGUAAGCAGCUAACCUGCUAUUGUCAAGUGAUACUACUACAGAAAAAAGAAAGGUUGUAGUAACUAUUAAAAUCUAGCUGGCCAAGGAGGCAGGUGGCAUUUGAGCAGCAUGUGGUAGACAUUUAAUUAUGCCUGUAAAAUUACUGUCCGUGAGCAGGGAAGGGCUGGUGAAACAGGAAAGGUUGACCUGUACUGAGUGUUAGAUGGAAGUCUGACCACCUGCUGCUUGGAGACCUGCUGCUUUUAGUCUCCUGUUUGGAACAGAGAUGGUCCAGGAGAUAGCAGAUGUCAUUUCGACAUGCUGUUAGGAUUAGGUGGGGUAAAGGCUAUGAGAGUUUAUUUUACUUUGAGAGUACCACUAAAGGUGGUAUCGAAUAUCAUCUUUCAUUUUACCUGUGUUGUCAGUAAUAGACCAAAUUGAAAUGAUCAUGAAUAGUUCACAAAAUUUAAUCUAAAGGCAGUAUAUACAGGUUGUGUUUGUGAAUGGAGCCUGGUGUCUCCACAAUUACUUUAAAAAAAAAAAAAAAACAUUUUACAUCCUAUCAUUUCUGCAUGUCUUUGGGACACAGCAGAAGAUCAGUAAAUGCUAUGCUUCUGUUUAUUGGAUUUUAUCAUCUCACACAGGCAGAAACAGCAUUGUGAAAUUAUUCUAAUGUAGUUUGGUGGUUUACUAGCUUUUACUAGGGCUAUCCAUGGUUAAUUUUGUUUUUAUUAGGCAGUAAACAGUGUGCACCAGUCACACAUUGUGGGCGUAUUUAUUUGGUUUAAUUUUUUUGAUAAAUACCAUAAUUCUAAUAUCUACAAAAACCUGCACACAGCUGGUGUAGCUGUUGAUCUUAAAUAAUGAAGUAUUUAGUUGGCUAUGACUAAAAUCAUCUGUAACAAUAUAAAAACUAUGUCUGGUGUUUGAUUA